AUGACAGCAGAAGAAAUCAUCUCCGCCCAGGGAGAUCCAGCCCUUCCCACUCAACCUACACAUCUCCUAGAUUUGCUCAAGACUGCUGCCUCAAGCGAUGCCUGUCUCUUAUUUCUGGAGGACGGUAGCAAUGGUCCAGCUACCAAGCUCCCAUAUGCUCAACUUUAUGAGAAGGCCCUGCAACAAGUUUCCACCCUGAGAGCAUCUGGACUUGUUGAGAAGGGCCAAGUCGCCCUCACUUACUUCGACAAUCACUACGAUAACGUCGUCUGGUUCUGGUCGGUAGUGGCUGCUGGCGGUAUAGGAGCCAUCCUAAGCCCACUCUCGCAUGAGCCAAAGACGGCCUCUGGCCAGCUGGAAAACGUCAAGAACCUGUUUGGAGAUGCUCCUCUUAUCACCAGCGCUAAACUUGCGCCUCUGUUUGCUGGUCAGGGUCUUCAAGUUAAAACCAUCGAUGACAUCAAGCAGACUACGCCUAAGGCUGAGCCUUCGCCUGUUAGUGAUGUCCUCCCAAUCUCGGAGUUAGACAGCAUCGCCGCCAUCUUGUUCACGUCUGGAAGUACCGGUCACUCCAAAGCUGUUCAAUACUCUCACAAAGCUUUGCUCGCAUCUGUGAAAGCCAAGGCCGACCACUUGGAUUCACGAGGGAGGACGUUCAUGUCAUGGGUCUCUUUCGAUCACUCAGCCAACUUCUGUGAAGUCCACCUGCAGUCAAUGUAUGUCUGUAGCGAUCAAGUCCUGACCCCAGCAGCUGAGCUCAUGGCCGAACCAUACCACUUCUUCAGUAUUCUGAGCGCCUACAAGGUCGGCUAUACCUUCACCCCAAACUUCUUCCUUGCUGCCGCUACAAAGUCCCUCAGAGACAAGCUAGCAAACUUAGAAAUCUCCCUAGAUUUGAGCCACCUCAGGACCAUCAUGUGCGCCGGAGAGAGCAACCGAACACAGACCCUUGCAGACUGCGAUGAACUCAUGCGGCGAUUUGGCGCUCCAUCAUAUGCUAUCAGAGCUGCAUAUGGCUUGAGCGAGACCUGCUCGGCGUGUUUCUACAAUCUGGAGAGCCCACAAUAUGAUCUCGGCAACCCGUUCGCCUCCGCCGGGAAGCAUCUCCCCGGCGUGAUGGAAAUGAAGCUGGUGCAGGACGACUCUGAGGAGACCGAUCGUGGCGUGGUAUACUUACGCGGCGACGUGAUUCUCAGUGGCUACUACAACAACCUGGAUGCGACUGCUGCUUGCAUGACGGACGACGGGUGGUUCAAUACUGGAGAUAUAGGACGAGUUGACGAGAACGGAUCCCUUCAUCUCCUGGGUCGUAGCAAGGAGAUCCUGAUCCUGCAUGGAAAUAACUACUCUUCUUUUGAGCUGGAAUACGCCAUCGAGACGAGCAACAUUGCUGGGCUGACGGUCUCCUACACAGCUGUCUUCUCAACGUGGGACGAGAGCCAGCAGUCCGAGGCAGUGGUCGUGCUCUUUAAUCCCUCUGAAGAGGCUAUUGGACGAAAGCGUCAAGCGGACACUCUGCAGGCCAUUCAUCGCGUGGUGUUCAACUUUUGUUCUCAAAGAGCUCUACAUGUCAUCCCACUACCGAAGGCCCUACUGCCUAAGUCAACUAUCGGCAAGCUAUCGAGAUCGAAGUUGAAAAAGCAGUACGAGGCAGGGGCAUUCGAUGACUACUGGUUCGACGAGAAAGACUCACAUGUCCAGGGGGAAGGCAUCAAGGAAUCAGUGACAAAGACCCUGGACGAAGUAACGCCACUUGAGCGUGAGAUCGCAACCGUAUACGCUGCCGUAGUCGGACUCCCAGCAGAGGCUCUCCUAACCGACGACGCACUGCUCUCGUCAGGGAUCAACUCAAUCGGCUUCCUCAAAGUGAAGAGAACUCUUGAAAAGAACUUGGACAUGGACCAUGAGAUCCCCAUGGCAACGCUUGUCCAAUGCCACUCCGUAUCCGACCUCGCUGCUGAACUUAUCAAGUCCGGCACGACUUCAGCGGAGUACGACCCCAUCGUCCCCUUAGUCAAGAAAGGAACCAAGCAGCCCAUAUUCCUACUCCAUCCCGGCGCUGGUGAGUUUCUCUGCUGGUUCAACCUCCUCGAAUACCUCCCCGAUCGCCGACUCUACGCAGUCCGCUGUAAAGGUCUCCACAGCGGCGAAGAAACAUUUACCUCCCUCCAACACCAACUCGACACCUACUACGCCGCCAUCCGCCGUACCCAGCCCGAAGGCCCGUACCUCCUCCUCGGCUACUGCCUCGGCGGCCUCCUCGCCUUCGAGCUCGCUAAAAUGUUUGAAGCCAACGGCCUCGAAGUCGCCUUCUGCGGCGGCAUCGAUAACCCACCUGACAUCCGCCGCUCCCUGGGGCACGAGAAAUAUCGCUCGGUUUUGAGCGACUUCCUACCCGCUCUGACGGGAAUGAGUCCUGAAGAAGCUCAAGACUUCACGAAAAGUACCGCAUACAUGGAAGACCCCGAAUUCUAUGAAGCUAUUUACGGCAAAUUCCCACCUGCCGUCAUCCAAGAGAACGGCGGUCUGACGAUCCAGCGGAUUAAAGCCUAUGGCAAAGUUGAGGACUGGCAUCGUGCUAUUGCCGCCAAGUAUGAGGCUCAAGGGAAGGUGAGGUCGCUGGAUAUCUUCAAAGCGAAUGCGUUGCCGUUGUUUGAUGUCAGCGGGUUGGGGAGUUGGGAUGCUGUGAUGGAGCAGUGGUGCACUCUUGCGGAGAGUCCUAGGAUCCACAAGGUUCAGGGAAAUCAUUAUACCGUGCUGAAGAAGCCGGAUAUUGAGGUUCUGCAGGAGAGGAUUAAUGAGGCGCUUGACGCUCGUGGAGUUUGA